CCCCCCCAGGCCUCGGGUUUGGGAAAGCGUUUCUAGGAGACGGCGCCCGCCGGGUGCGCCUGCGCGGUCGACGCUGCCAGGGGGCGGGCUGACGGGCCGCGGCGCUGGCCGGCUGGUAGUUCCUACUGAGCCUGGGUCGUUGGGUCCGCCCCGCUCUCUCGUUCCAUGGUACGCUUGUGAGUCGCGCUGCCGGCGGACGUCUGCUCGGGAUGGAGCACAUCCGUACGACCAAGGCUCCAGGGCUUUGGCUGACAUCAUCUGUUGAUGUCCAAUGAAGUGCUGUUUGUGAAUGGAACUUUACAGAACGGUUGAGCAAGUGAAAUUACUUGACCGAUUCAGUACCAGCAACAAGUCGCUAACAGGAACACUCUAUCUUACGGCCACACAUCUAUUAUUUAUAGACUCUCAUCAGAAAGAAACCUGGAUAUUGCACCACCAUAUUGCCUUAGUAGAGAAACUAGCUUUGACUACUUCUGGAUGCCCACUUGUGAUUCAGUGCAAGAACUUCAGGAUUGUGCAUUUCAUUGUUCCCAGAGAAAGAGAUUGCCAUGAUAUUUACAAUUCUUUGCUACAACUAUCAAAACAAGCAAAAUAUGAAGAUCUCUAUGCAUUCUCUUACAAUCCCAAACAAAAUGAUUCGGAACGACUACAAGGUUGGGAGCUCAUUGAUCUUGCUGAGGAAUAUAAGAGGAUGGGAGUGCCAAAUUCAAACUGGCAGCUGUCUGAUGCCAACAGAGAAUACAAGAUUUGUGAAACUUAUCCCAAAGAACUUUAUGUUCCCCGAAUAGCAAGCAAACCAAUAAUUGUUGGUAGUUCCAAAUUCCGGAGCAAGGGAAGAUUCCCAGUUCUUUCCUAUUAUCAUCAAAAUAAAGAGGCUGCCAUUUGUCGAUGUAGUCAACCACUAUCAGGAUUCAGUGCCAGGUGCCUGGAGGAUGAACAUUUGCUUCAAGCCAUUAGUAAAGCCAAUCCAGUCAAUCGCUAUAUGUAUGUCAUGGAUACCAGGCCCAAACAUCGAAUGCAGAGCUGGUGGGCUACACAAAAGGACAUUGGCAGAAUUAUAGUGAGGAUUUCUUCAAAAAUCUGGAAUGAUGAGAAAAUAAGAGAAAGCGAUGAGAAAAAGCGACUGAAUGCAAUGGCCAACAGAGCAGCUGGAAAAGGUUAUGAAAAUGAAGACAACUAUUCUAACAUUAGAUUUCAGUUUGUUGGAAUUGAAAAUAUUCAUGUCAUGCGGUCCAGCCUUCAAAAAUUAUUGGAAGUCAAUGGUACCAAAGGGCUUUCUGUCAGUGAUUUCUACUCUGGUUUGGAGAGCUCAGGAUGGCUUCGCCAUAUCAAAGCUGUUAUGGACGCUGCGAUCUUCUUAGCCAAAGCAAUAAUGGUUGAAAAUGCAAGUGUGUUGGUACAUUGUUCUGAUGGUUGGGAUAGGACUUCCCAGGUUUGUUCCCUUGGCUCUCUUUUACUGGAUUCCUACUACAGAACAAUCAAAGGAUUCAUGGUUUUAAUAGAAAAGGAUUGGAUCUCUUUUGGACAUAAGUUUUCAGAGAGGUGUGGCCAUUUGGAUGGUGACCCAAAGGAAGUCUCACCGGUGUUUACUCAGUUCUUGGAGUGUGUGUGGCAUUUGACCGAACAGUUCCCACAAGCCUUUGAAUUCAAUGAAGCGUUUCUUCUUCAGAUCCAUGAACAUAUUCAUUCAUGCCAGUUUGGAAACUUCCUUGGAAAUUGUCAGAAGGAAAGAGAAGAGCUCAAGUUAAAGGAAAAGACUUACUCCCUGUGGCCAUUUCUCCUGGAUGACCAAAAGAAGUACUUAAAUCCUCUCUACAGUUCCAAAUCUCCGAAAUUUGCAGUUUUGGAGCCAAAUACAGUAUCUUUCAAUUUUAAGUUUUGGAGAAACAUGUACCACCAAUUUGAUCGAACAUUGCAUCCUAGACAGUCCGUUUUUAAUGUAAUUAUGAAUAUGGAUGAGCAAAAUCAACAGUUAGAGAAAGAUAUUAAAGACUUAGAAUCUAAAAUUAAGCAAUGUAAAAACAAGCAAACAGAUGGAAUUCUCACCAAGGAGUUACUACAUUCAGUUCAUCCUGAAUCACCUACCCUCAAAACUUCCUUGUGUUUUAAGGAGCAAACUCUGUUGCCUGUGAAUCAUGCUCUUCGAACUAUAGAGGGCAGCAACCCAGCAGAUAAUCGUUACAGUGAAUACGCUGAAGAGUUCUCCAAGUCGGAACCUGGUGUGGUUAGCUUGGAGUAUGGUGUGGCCAGAAUGACCUGUUAGAUCCAUAGAGUAUUUUCUGGACUGACUGUAAUGCAAGAAGUGGAUUCUUGUGAGAGUGAUCUGUGCACAUGACCAAAAGGAAUUUGUCAAGUAAUGAUCUUAGAGCUUAAUAGUUGAAGAAAGGAUAAUAACUGCUCUUGUGAGAGAAAUAAGUCAGUUUAAUUGCAUUUCCAGCAGAGAAUGACUUUCAGUUCUUAAAGAAAUGAGUGGUGGUGGCAGAUUCAUUCAGAACACAAUUUGUACUGUAUACUAGUGAAUUGACAUUUCUGUAUGAUUUAUAUGUUAAAAUUACAGCCAAACAUGAAUAACCUUCCUUAACUAUAAUUGUCAGGAAACAAAACUCGACAAAGUACUCCCUUACUUAAUAAUUGACAUGGCAUGUACUUUUGAUUAUGUAACUCAGUAACUAUGGGUAUUUACAUAUUUUGCCUAUUAGUAAUGUUAACGUUGAAGUGCCAUGAAAAAUACUCUAAGAAAGCCUUAAAAUCUCGGUUUAUUCUUUACCCUUAAGUUUUAUAGCUAAGAGCAGGUUUUGGUUUUUUGGGUUUUUUUUUCUUUUGGUCAACCUUGCUUUAUUUGGAAAGAAUUGCAACGUCGUUCCUACGGGGGCUGCAUGCUACAGCACUCCUGUGGAAACAGAUGUGCACGUACAUUGUUAAGUUCAUGGUCAGCUGCUCCCACGUCCAUAUUCAAAAUUAACGAAACUGAAGGUCUUAUUCUGAUUACAGUUUAUGCAGUACUACCUUUGAUGACAUUAUUUACAACUUAGAUUAUUGAUCUCUUGAAUAUGUACAAACAUAUUUGAGUAUCUUUUAUGUAUGGAUUACUGCAUCCUUUUAAUUCUUACUUUGUGGCUUCAGUUGGCUUUAUUCUUUGGAUAACUGUGUAACUUUAAAAAGCUAAGGCUCUAAAACUGUUCUUAGAUGCAAUGAAGAGUGUGUGUGUAUACACACACACAUACUGUUUAUCUCUCAGUGAGUUGCUCUUCCUAGAACAAACUCAGUUUCCCCCAAAUUUUGGGGUUAAAAAAGGGAAGUACUAAUAGUUUAGAUUUUGCUUGGUUGCAUGAAUUUUAAAGCAGCCAUUUCUAUGUGGAACAUUUUUUUCUUCUCUGUUAACAUAGGAAUAAAAAAGGAAAAUUAAGAAUAGCCUAGUACAAAGUUAAUGUUUAGCAAAAACAACUUCAAUGCUAGGAAAAGUUUCAUUUUGCCAUGUUAAAUUAACUGUUCUGUGUGCUAGUAACAUAUCUUUAAAUGACAAAAAAAAAAAAAAAGGCAAAAAAAAACAAAACAAAA